AUGGAGGCGCUUACGCAGAGGUUGGCCCAGCUCGAGGAGCAACAGCGGCAGCAGCGUACGGUGAUCGAGACUCAGCAGGCGCAGCUCACGGCGGCACAGAAUGAGCUGGCAGCAGUGCGGGCCACAGGCAAUGGCGCAGCAGCUCAGCAGCCACCAGGAGAAGUACGAGCUGGCGCACCGAUCUCGUUGGUGGACCUGCGAGUUGGCAACAAGCCCGAGGUCUUCACGGGAGACGCUAAGGAGUGGAAGAACUGGUCGUUCAAGAUGCGUCAGUACCUGUCGGCGCUAGACGAGACGCUGCACGCGGAGGUGCUCGACGUGGACGCGAACCCGACGAGAGAGCUCACGAUGAACGACAUGGCCGCCGAAGCCCAGAGGAGAGCCAGGCAGCUGGCGUUCAUCCUCACCAUGCACACGAAGGACGUAGCGUUGCAGAUGGUCACGAAGCUACCAGAUCCCAGCAACGGCUACGAGAUCUGGCGGAGGUUCUUGGAGGAGUUCGAGCCGGCCCACAAGGGCCGCUUCAGGGCGAUGCUGAUGCAGAUCCUCCAGUACCAGUUCACAGGUGACCGUGGACUAGCCAUCGAGGAGUUCGAGAGGCUCGUCAGGCAGUACGAGGCGCAGUCUGGCGACAUCCUCCAGGAGACCAUCAAGGCGGCGGUGAUCUCGAACAACCCUGAGGACCCUGAAUGGAGGAGACACGUCGGCCUCAACGCGACGAGAUUGCAGGACUACGCGUCGCUGAAGGACGAGUGGAAGGCGGUUCACCAAGCGGAGAGGCGUUGGGGUGUCGAUGGCGACUCGGCUCCCAUGGAGCAGGACGACGGCUGGGUGUUCAUGGUUGACGAGGAGUUCGAGGGCGACGAGCUGUGCGAACUCAUCAUGGUCGACUCAGGCGCCUCGGCAAACGUAUGUCCUCGAGACCACGUGCCCGAGAACGGCCUGCGAGAGGAAGCGCGUCCGAGGCGCAUGACAACGGCGACUGGCGAGCUGAUUGCGCAGCAUGGGCGACGUCGGGUUUCAUAUGAGACGGAGUUCGGUAAGAUCACGACGGACUACAGGGUGCUAGACGUGAAGAGGCCGAUCUGGUCGCUGGGCGCGAUGAUCGAGUCGGGGUGCGACGCCUACUUCACGAAGAGCAAGUCGUGGAUCGUCAAAGAUGGCAAGGAGUUGGAGCUGAUCAGGAAGGGCAACUUGUUCUACGCGAUCGCUCGGCCUUCGAAGAUCGGAGGCUCGAACGCGCUGGAGCUCAACCCUUUGACGCAGGCGGAGAUCGAGCAGAGAGCGCUGGCCAGAGAGCACGCGGCGUUCGGGGCGGCUGGACCAGCAGCCGAGGCCACGCUUGCAGAAGAUGGGGAUCCAGCAGUUCGCAUCAAAGUGCCGACAGGACCUGCCACGCCGACGGCAGAGGAACGGGCUCAACACGAGUCCGCGGGGCACGUACCCUACAGGAGCUGGUGCAGUCACUGCGUGGCGGCGAGGGCGGCGGACAAACCUCAUCGACGAAGCGAGGACCCGACGGGCCUGAGCGCAGAGGAGGCAGCGAUCCCACGCAUCGAGUUUGACUUCGCGGAGAUCGGACGAGAAUCAGAUGCAAGCCCUGGCAUUCCGUCCCUCAACGGAGUAGACGUCGGGUCGGAGAGCUUGUCGGCGACUCUGUGCCCCAGCAAGGCCUUCAGCGAGUACCUGGUGGAGACGAUCCUGGCGUUCGUGGACGCGCUGGGCCACAACGCGGUGCUGCUUCACUCGGACCAGGAGCCAGUGCUAGUGCAGUUGCUGAAGGCGGUGCAGAGCAAGAGGGUGAAGCGGACUCUGGUCAGGCAUGGGCCGAGAGGCAGCCACCAGAGCCAGGGCAAGAUAGAGGGCGCCAACAGGGUCAUCAACGGCGUCCUGAGAGCGAUCUGGAUCAACAUGGAGGAGCACAUGGGCGAGAAGGUGUCGACCGACAGCAUCCUGAUCGCCUGGGGGGUCAGGCACGCGGCAUGGAGCUUGACGAGGUUCCAGGUGAAGAGCGACGGCCGAACCCCCUACGUGCGGAUCUUCGGCAAGGCCUACGGCGGGGAGGUGCUUCCCUUCGGCGAGCGCGUGAUGUACAAGUACACGGCGGUGCCCAGCGGCAACCUGGACCAGAAGUGGGCGCACGGGGUGUGGGUCGGCAAGGCACCGCUGACGGACGAACACCUCGUUCUGACCGUGGACGGCGUGAAGAAAGCGAGAUCGGUACAUCGACUGCCAGUCGACGAGCGGUACGUAAAGGAGGAGCUGGCGAAGGUGAAGGGUCUGCCGUGGAACGGCACGGCAUCGGAUCUGAAGGCGCCGAUCGUGUCGCAGCAGGACCAGGGGCCAUCAGGGCACAGGAGGCUCUACCUGACGAGGGCGAUCGUGCAGAAGUACGGGCCUACGCCUGGGUGCUCGGGCUGCGCGGGGCUGGGGCCGCAUACCGAGGUGUGUCGAGCGAGGCUGGAGAAGAUGGUGGCAGACGCGGCGGCAGGGCCGAGAGGCAUCGCAGUCGGCACGCCGCUGGCGGCGAGACCAGACCCAGGGCCGCCCGCAGGCGCUGCAGAACCAUCGUCGGCAGCGAGCGGCGACGCUCCCAGGACACCAGCUGGGGGCGACGGCAGCGGAGGAGUCGCGGCCGAGAACAUGGAGGUUGACAGAGCGGACGCUUCGACACAGAGAGGUAGGCCCGCGGCGGUGGCCUUUCCGCAGGAGGCCCCCGAGCGCCCGACGGCGAAGGUGAGGUCUCAACCCCCUGUGGCGAUCCCAGCCGUGGGAGGCGCAGGCACGGUCGUCGUCAGCGAGAGCGAGGCGAGGUCCAGCACAGACGACGUGAUGAUCGGGGGCCUGCACGUGAUCGAUGGCGUGGACGUGGUGGCGAUGCUCAUCCCAGAGGAGGACGAGUGGAGGCUCGCGGCGAUGGACGACGGCAACUUCGAGACCACCACCGACGACAGCCAGAGCGACAUGAUCGGCGAGGUGAACUACGAGGACCCCGCGUCGGCGGAAGGGAUCGUGGCGUACGACUCGAGGACUGGCGAGCAGCUAGACAGCGAAGAGGUGCGCAAAGGGAGGUCCAAGGAGCUGCGCGACCUGGCGGAGUUCGAGGUGAAGGUCGAGGUGGACGAGUCCGAGAUGAUCAGCAAGCCAGGGAAGAAGAUCUGGUCGAAGUGGGUGGAGACGCGGAAGGACCCGAACAGCGCCGAGGUCAGGAGCAGGCUGGUCGCAACCGAGAUCAACACAGGCGAGGUUAGGACGGACUGCUUCGCUGCGACGCCGCCGUUGAAGUUCGUGAGACUGAUACUGGCGUGGGCGGCGAGUUACAGUCCCAGAAGGAACAGCGCGGGGGUCAAGAUGAUCCUGUUGCUGUUUGACAUCUCUGUGGCGUUCUUCCACGGCCUGGUGCGGAAGGUCCUGUACGUGGUACCGCCGAAGGACCUGCGCAAGAAGGGCAAGGUGUGGAGGCUGCUUCGGAGCCUAUAUGGAACGAGGGACGCGAGCCAGGUGUUCCAGACGUACGUGGCGGACAACCUGAGCGAGCACGGCUUCGACAGGAACGCGGUGGUCCCGUGCUUGUACUGGAGUAGCGAGCUGGAGGCGCUGGGGGUUCACUGGGGCGAUGACUUCAUCUACGCCCUGCCGAACGACAGCGCCGACGACCUCGAGCAGCUGAUGAGGGAAGUGUUCAAGGUGAAGAUCUGCGAGCGCGUGGGGCCCAACUGCAAGUCCAGUGCGGCGUUUCUGCACAGGACGCUUUCAUGGAGUUCGAAGGGUUUCACCUGGGCGCAUGACCCGACUCACACCGUGGCGAUGGCCAAGGCUUUCGGCUUCGACGGGCAGACACGCUUAGACCAGGAGAAGUGGGUCGUGACGGUCGCGCCGGGCUCCAAGACGGUGGGCAAGACUCGUGAUGCUGCAGACCCCCUUGACGAAGAAGGAGCAGCACUAUACCGAGCACUCGUGGGGACGGCGCUCUAUGUCGGCCAAGACCGUCCCGAGGCGCAGUACGCGACAAAGGAAGUCGCUCGCCACAUGUCGACGCCAACGAGAUCGGCGUGGUGUGCCCUCAAGCGAUUGUGCAAGUACUAUUCGGAGGUGCCGUUGCUCGUGUGGGAGUUCAACUACCAGAAGAUGCCAGAGGACGUGAGAGUGGUCACGGACGCGAACUGGGCUGGCGAGCUGGAGGCAUUGCGUUCUACCUCGGCUGGCUGGGUAUACUUCGGAGGCCACCUGCUCGAAGCCUAUUCCUCGACGCAGCAGAUAGUGGCCUUAUCGACGGCGGAGAGCGAGUACAUAUCAAUAACAAAAGGAGCUGCACAUGCAUUGGAGGUCAGGAGCGCGCUCGCCGAGUACGGCUGGGUCAAGAAG